AUGCUUGUAGCGAUAACAUGGCCCCUUAGCAGAAUAUUGAAUCGGAAUGAAAAACAGCCACCUUAUGUUGUUGAGAGUUAUGUGAAUGUCUUCGAGCUGGCGAACGAGCAAGCAAACUUGCUGAUACUAUCAGUCAUGAUUACCGUGGCUAUCGGCUUCAAUAACAAAACAAAAAAAAAGCAGAGAAUGAUGUCGGUUGAUAGCACAAAAGUUUCACACGUCGUUGAGAAUGAAUUAAGCUGCAAACUGUUAUCAAUUAAUUUUACCAUAAAGUGUUGUUGUAGUAAACAACGGCAACGUACAAGCAUCUGA